AUGAUUUCCUUUCUAGAAGAAAGGUCUACUCCAACCUCGCAGGAUAUUGAACAAAGAUCUUCAACAACCACAGACACAAAUGAAUCCUCCUCCUCCAGCUCCGACUAUUGUCAUAGAAACCCCAAUUCAGCCGAAUGCGAAAAACCCGUCAAUAGUAAUAGUCUUAUAAUAGGCUUGUGUAUUGCUUUACCGUGUUUCGCAAUAUUUUGCGUAUUGGGUUUCUUCCUUUACCGAAAUUAUCGAAAGGAUAAAAAGGAAAGCUUGGAACACGAUCCCGAUUUCGACGAAAAUGGCGAAGCUACUGCAUUACCCGAUUAUCCGGGAAUUAGAGGUGUACAAGAAAACCCAUUCCAUAGUAGAAACUCAAUUAGGUACCCAAUGGAACAAAUCGAGAAGGGAUAUACAGGUGACAGUGGUGGUGGUGGCGGCUAUGAAAAGGGAGAAUUUCAGUAUUACCAAUAUUCAAGACAAGAGCCGCCUUAUGUGGAUAGUGUAGUAUUACCCUACCAACAUCAAUCAAGCUCAAAGUUGUCUUUGGACGAUUAUGCAAGACAAUUGGGUGAUCCGCUGGUGAGGCCUAGAACCAGAACAAGUUCAUUGCAUAUGGAGAAAAUGCCAUAUUCUCAAUCUAGAGUACCAUCAUCCCAAAAUAGCCCUACAAAGAAAGUUCAAGGUAGACAAUAUACCGGUGUGCCUAAUGUGUCUAACGUAGCUUUGGAGGAAAACUUACAUGACGCUUCUCAUAUAACGGAGAUGCUGGAUGAGAGUGAUAGUAUUGAAAACCAGCCACGGCAACGGGAUUUUGGUGUUACAUAUGAAAAUGAAUCGGAUGUGUCCAUAAACAAAACAAUUCCCCAGAUUGUCGUAAGCGAAGAAGAUAGCAGCAGCCAACCACAAGAUACUACUACUGAAUCUCAAUCUCUAUCACCGUUUGAUAAUGAUGAAAAUAAUCACCAAACAGAAGACACCAUGGACGAUUCAAUAUCUCCCAAAACAUCACCACUCAAAGAUAAUGAUAAUGAUGAUGCUGCUAAUGAUGAUGAUGAUGAUGAUGCUGAUAAUUUCCAAUUCUCAACAAAGAAAUCUCGAUUCAACUUUGAAGAUGUUGCUACCAAACAAGGUACUAAAUCACCCAGAAUCUCAGCGUUCAAUUUGUUAACGAACGAUAGUGACAAUGAAAAUGAUGACAAUUUGGACCAUUUAACACCUCAGCAAGAAGAAGAAAUUAAAAGGAUGAAAUCGGUAUAUAAAAUAUACUUUGACAGAGAUACAGACAAGGGUAAUUCCAAGAAUAUCCAAGCUGAUGAAAAUUAUUCGUUACCAAUGCACAAAAUUAAUGAUAAAAUGCAUGUAGAUGCAAGCUACGGUAAUAGAUAUAGCAAUACUUCGUCAGUUUAUGUAGACACCGACAGUAUUCAACAAGAACAGAACCAGCAACAAUACCAACAACGAUACCAUCAACAACAUCAACAACAGCAGCAACGGCAACAAAAUUAUUAUAACCAAUUCAACCAACAAUACCAACAACAAUACGGUACUCCUGUUGAUCCUCAAUUGUAUCAGCAGUAUCAACAAAAGCAAUAUCACUAUUUUCAAAGCCAACAGCACAACAACCAACAACAAUGGCAAUGGCAACAACAACAACAGCAGCAGCAGCAGCCCCUUCAAAGACCCCUACCUCCAUUACAGAGAUUACCUAACCCCUCAGAUCUUAGGAAAUCGUCAUUACAAACAUUUACCGAUUUCAAGCAAUCCGAGAAAAAUCAUGUAGUGACAUCGCCCCCAACUGGCAAACACCCCUUUGUACCAAUUGAAAACGAUGCUGUUUGGACAUCGCCUGUGAGCUCGCCUAAAACUCAAACCCAAGGAGCUUUUCCUCAACAACAACAACAACAACAACAACAACAACAACAUAGCCAGCAAGACCUAACCUCACAACAGUACUAUCAAAUCCAACUACAACAGAAUAAGACUGUACCUUCAGCUACACAACUUGCGAGAUCCUCAGUGGUGAUGAUUAAUCCAGUUACAGAGAUUACCAAAUCGAGAAAAUUCAAGCCUGCUGGAUCAUUACCUAGCUCAAAUAAUUUGCAUCAACAAUUUGGAUAUAGUGAUUUGAAUGGUCCAGAAAAUGACUUGCUACCAGGUAAUAGAAAGAGUGAUGUAAGAAGAAUGAUGAAUACAAACUUUUAA